AUGAGUGAGGGACAACAACCUGCAAAACGCGGCGCUAGGUUACCCAUUUGGGUGCUGUCACCUAGGGAGGAGAAGGAGGCCCGCCAAAACUUGAAGAAGUUUGCAUACAAUGAGUGCGAUGAAUACGUACAGGCAAUGGCCAAUUGUGCCAAGGCGAACGGGAUCAAGGUGUUUCCUGCGUGUGACGCUCAACGGGACAAGAUGGUGGAAUGUAUGCUGUUUUACCAAGUGGAUGCGAAAUAUCUGGAUGAACAGAGGGACCUGAUUAUACAGAGGAAGAUUGCAGCAUUGGAGGAGCAAGUACGUAAGAACAGGGACAAAUGA